GCGGCCAUCCCUGGCCAUCCCCACUGGACUCCAACCCCAUCCCCGCAGGCAGCCCCACGUCAUGCCAUCCCAGCCCUCAAGCGUGCGUAAGAUUGAUCUUGGACAGGCCUCAAGAUUUAGACUCUUACAGUUGCAGGGCGAUAGUCCUUUUCCCUUGAAGUUGCCAUGUCUGCCCCAGACCAGACAGGGACAGACCUGGGCAGACAAGAGGUCUUUUAGUGCCACCUGCUUGGACAGUCGGUCGAGCUACAGCACCCAAGCACCCCUCGCAGCCGUGCUUCGCUUGCCAUACUAACGGGGUUGUUACUGUUUGUGGACAGGUCGCUCCAGUCCUGGCCAACCGCUGCACGACCUCGCGUCUCGUGUCCCUGCCGUUUGUCGCGCAGUCAUGCAAACUUGGUAGAACUGAACUUCGUACUCAGGUACCCAGGUUCUGAUAGGCUUGCACGUAUAGGCAGCACUCAUAUUCUCAUACCAGUGGGCUGAAUCGACAAUGACACGUGUAAUCCUCUUUGGCGCCACUGGCAUGAUAGGCCAGGGCGUCCUGCGCGAGUGCCUCUUAGACCAAGGCAUUGCAAGCGUGAUAACAGUCGGGCGAAGGCCCAUAGGCAAGAGCGACGCGAAGCUGAAUGACGUUGUCCUUGAGGACCCCGCCGCGAUAGCUAAGGAUACGAAGCUGUACAGCGACCUAAAGCAAGUGGACGCUUGCCUGUACUGCCUGGGCAUCUCCUCUGUGGGCAUGAGCGAGGCGGAGUACACAACCGUCACCAAGGAUAUGACGCUGCGAGUGCUUGACGAUGUGCGGGCGGCCAACCCCAACAUGAAGUUCCUGUUCGUGUCCGGUAACGGCAGCGACGCCAAGUCCAAAGCCAUGUGGGCGCGUGUGAAGGGAGAGACCGAGAACGAGGUGCUGGCGCGCUCGCCGCAGCCCGGCAGCGCGCUCAUGUUCCGGCCUGGCCUUGUGGAGCCGGUGCACGGCAUCCGCAGCCAGCAGUCACUGCUGUACCGGGCCGCAUACGCGUGCGCGCCGCUGCUGCGCGGCGUGGGGCUGCCCUGCACCACCACGGAGGCCGUGGGGCGGGCCAUGGUGGCGGCGGCCAAGCUGCCGGCAGGCGGCGGGCCGCUGGCUGGGAGGACGGUCCUGGAGAACGAGCACAUCAAUGCCCUGGCCUGGGGCAAGCCGCUGCCGCGGUGAGGGCGAGGAGGUGGCGAGGGCUGGGGGUUGGUUUGGCGGGGGGAUGAUGUGGGGCUGCGGUCGAGGCAGGAAGAAGUUGAUAGGGGAGCCGUGCUUGGUGCUGUGUGGUGAGGCGGGUCCCGCGCGCGAGUGAUGCAUUGCAGGUGGGGGGCGCCUUCGGGUGCAGGCUCUCAAGCGGGGCUGGGAGCUGAUGUAGGGGGCAGGGCCGUUAGGGCCUGGGCUCUUGAAUGCGCACAUUGCGCACUCAUGUUAACGAAAGUGAACUAAGACUGCGUAUCGCUCAUAUUCAAGCGUGAUACCACUGAUAUGCAUCAUAAUGGUGAUGACAAGCACAGGACUUGGGCUAUUCAUGUUGUGUCAGUUUUGCGUUUGGAGCCGGAGGGCAGGCGUGGAGGUGGGGACAGGUGUAUACUACGUAGAUCCUGGGCUGGCAACGUGAAUGCAACAUGACAGGAAGGGCCAGUAGGCCAGUAGCACAGGAUGGGUAUCGCGGGCCUCUUGGCCAUGCCUUGUCAGCCGUAAUAUGUAAUACUUGGUCUGA